CUCCUUUUCAUGAAAGUGAUAAAGAGAAAAGAAGAUGUCAAAGUAACAGACGUCAAAAGUGUGGAAAACGACUUGUAAGAGUAUUAUUAUCUCAUCUGUAUAGUAAUGGAAAAGAUGCUGUCCUAAGGGAAUGAUACUACACCACAGCACUACUGUACGUUCAAGCAGGGAUAGCAUACAAACAUGAAGAUAAUUUGGUGUACGUGUGUAUAGAAUUGACGAUGGGUCUUCAGCUGUUCAAAGUGUUUUUUCUACUGGGUCCUUUGACUGCUGUCACGAAUGGAAAUCCACGCUGCAAAUCGUUCGAGAAGCCAAAGAAUGGCUAUGUCACGUGUGACAGUCUAUUUCACUUGUUUUGUUCGCCCGAAUGUCACCCUGGAUACCGCUUUGCAACCAAGCCUGCUGUAGUGUACAUGUGCGGUCCGGUCACCGGGGAAUGGUUUACAUAUCCCGUUGGUCACAUGUUACCGUGGCCUGACUGUGUACCCGACAAUAGCAAUACACUUGACUCCAUUAGCAACGAACUGGCGCAGAAAAGACAGGAGAUUACAAAACGUAUCAUUGAUAACCAGAGAGGGAUACCCAAAACACCUUACACAAGUGCUACCGACCCUGAAGAUAGGUUUCAUCAUCUUUUUGAUUACAUCGAAAAAGCAAAGAGCGCUUAUCAAAUUCGUCAAGAAAUAGAGAAGGAAACACAGACACUGAAGAAUGAGAACCAUGGCAACAACAGCCUCACACCACAAGGAACACAGGCUCAACGUGUCGAUAAUCACAUACCGUCAAUAAGAAUUCCGGCUCAGCCAAAUAAUUACCACGUACCAAAAACACCGCAGGCUCAAUUAAAUAAUUAUCACGAGCCAAUAGGAUCGAAGGGUCUUUCAAAUAAUCACCACUUGCAAAUGGCAACGCAAACACCAAUAAAUGUGCAGACUCAAUCUAAUAAUUUCCUUGUUCCGGCAGGAACGGAGACUCAGUCAAACAACUUUGAACAAACUGGAACACGUGGUCCAUCGAAACUUGUGCCAAUAAGAACAACGCCUCAAUCAAAUAAUUACAACUUGCAGAUGAGAACUCAAUCACCAAUAAAUGCGCAGACUCAAUCCAAUAAUUUCCUUGUUCCGGCAGGAACGGAGGCUCAGACAAACAGCAUUGGCCAAACAGCAACGCGUGGUCCAUCGAAAUUUGUGCCAAUAAUAACAACGCCUCAAUCAAAUAAUUACAACUUAUCAAUCAGAGCUCAACAAACCAAUGAAAAUGUACCAAUAGGAUCACAGACGCAAUCCAUAAACAGUGAAGUCACUCCAAGAAGACUGCAGGGACAAACGAGUAUUUCUCCUGCUCAACCUCAACCCAUUCCCUUGCCAACCUCAACCUCUUCCCAUCGAAAGACCUGGGCACCAAGGAUGGACACUUUGCCCCAAGUCCAGUCUUCCUUGAGGAGUUCUAUAUCGACGCAGUCCCCAUUAACUACCAACAUGUAUAAAGGCUUUAGCACGGCGUCUAAUGGAAACAGCGUGGAUCAAAAUAAACAAAUGCAAGGCGCUAGUGUACGAACAGGGGCUCGGAAUUAUUUGAAAGGGACUCCAGCCAAAGCUUCCAUCGUCAACGGCGCUCUUGCACCAACUCCUUACACAUUGACUGGUACCCCUCUUCAACAUCAACAGCUUCCAUUUCCACAAAGCAGGGAGCAACGAGUCAGAAACGAUAAUGCGCUGGAAAAUAUACAGAAUCGUAACCAGUCUUCUAUCAAAAUGCCAGAUAAUACUUUUUCCCAAUUCAUAACAAACGAACCGAAUAUUUUGAGAAAACCCAUGAUAACGGGUUCCGUUGGUGUUAAAUCUCAAAUUAUAGGACGCCCUAUUCCUGGGCAAAGUCAAAGUGAUUCWAAGAUAGCUGAUUCAAAAGCAUUCCAAGGAGGCUUUGAAGACGCGCCACAACAGAGAAUACCAUUUUACAGGAAAAGUUUUGUACCAGUUGUAGCAAAAUCUGUGAAUGUCACGGUUGUCCAGAAUGUUUCUGGCCUCCAACACCACAAUGAUGGUAGAGGAAUACUUCCGGACCUAAAUAUACCAUUAUAUGACAAAACAUUUCUACCUAUUGUACCAGAUGGUGCUCCUGGAAAAUAUGAAGACAAGGCCAUCUUAACACCGCAUCCAACACCAUGGACGCAACAGAAUGCAGUCACGCAACAGAGUCCAGUCACACAACAGAAUGCAGUCACUCAUAGUCCAAUCACACAACAGAAUGUAGUCACGCAACAGAUUUCAGUCACACAACAGAAUGCAGGCACUCAUAGUCCAAUCACACAACAGAAUGUAGUCACGCAACAGAUUUCAGUCACACAACAGAAUGCAGGCACUCAUAGUCCAAUCACACAUCAGAAUGUAGUUACGCAACAAAGCCAUGUAACACAACAGACCGUAACACAACAUAGUGCAGUCACGCAACAUAAUCCAGUCACGCAACAGAGUGCCAUAGCACAACAUAGUUCAGUCAUGCAGCAAAGUGAAGCUACUCAACAAAUCCCAGUCACGCAACAGAGAGCCGCAAUACAAAAUAGUGCAGUUAUGCAGCAGAGUCUGAUCAGGCAGCAAAGUGCAGUUACACAACAAAUUCCAGUCACGCAACAGAGAGCCGUAACACAACAUAGUCCAGUCACGCAACAAAGUGACAAGGAAUACAUCACGGACGCAAGACGAACGGAUCAACAAGGACCCAAAAAUAUUCUCCAAUUGCUAAACAAAGGACUAAACAAAGACUUAAGCAAUUUAGAUGUACGCGCACACUUAAGACCACAUAGGGACGCUGCAUUGGAAGCUAAGCAGUAUAGUGAAAAAUUAAAUACAUCGAUUCAAAGAGACAAUUCAAGUACCUCAAAAUCUAACAUCACAACUAAAAUAGACAAAACUGAUAUAAAUAGAACGGCAUCAGACGCUGACACUAGCGACAUAGGGAAUCAUAUACAACCAAUUGUUAUGUCCGGUGCUACUGUGCUAAGCUCAAUAACCUCAUUACUCGAAAAGCAAAACAAACAUUAUGCGGCAAACUUGCUUCAGAAGCCAGACACUUCUAUCGGRGAAUCCAGACACAAUACCACUAGGAAAUUGUCUUUAAAAAAUGAAACAGGCUUGCCUUUGGUAAAACAACAAUUUCAGAAUUGGUUGACAAGAAAAAGUGAGGGAAAAGAUGUAUCAAUGGAGUUAAGCAGUCCUUUGGACGCAAAGGAGACAAUGGCAACGAAAAAUAAUACCUUGACAGCGAGCAGCUCAUAUGAGAAAACAAUCAACACUAGUAACUCGAAAAUGGAACCAUUGAAUAUAGUCAAAACUGCUCCAAGUACCAAUCAAACACAUCAACUAAAAUUUCUUAAAAACAUCCAGAAUGCACCUCGCCCGAAUUUCCAGAAUAAUCCGCUGAACACAACGAAUGUUGUAGCAGGUUCCACGACUGAAAAGAACAAGAAAAGUGGCGGUAAAUCAGGACUCGCUAGAGAGCGUUUGUUUUACUUUCCAGUUAAAAAGAAUACUUUGAUUGACCUUUUACAAGAAAGUGAAUUAAACCAUAAGUGAAACUCGAAAAAACAAUGAAAGGACAGAUGCGGAUGCCAGUUAAUACACAGUUUUAACUUUUUUAACAGAAUGGUAAACAUCUGUCUUUUUAGAGAAAAAAAGAUAUCAACCGCGUUACAAGUCAAUCAGAGCGCGCGUUAAACAGCCUCCUUUCCAGACCUUCUCUCUGUUUUGAAAAAGGGAAUGGGUCAAUAAGGUUUGACUCUACAACACACACAAUAUAAUCAAUAACAAUAUAUUAUAUGAAGUAUAUCAAUAUAGCUAUUUCAAAUAAUGGUCGCUGAGAAGAUUGGAGUCUGCACGACCCAAAGACACUAUGGGUAUUGACUGUGAUAAUAAUAUUCGACCAUCAAACUAGCCUAAACACACAUGAAUUGAAGACCGUACGUCGACUGGUGUGGUCGUGUUUUAAGCAGAUAAAGGAAUAAUAUCUUGCUUCAAUCUUCACAGUUCCAUGCGCCAUCUUGAAAGGUAACCAUGCCUUUACUUCAGAACGAUACAACCGUUGAGCGUGCAAUGAUAGAAACCUGUGAAUGAUUGUCUGUAGGUGURAAAGAAGGUUUCUAUUAUUGCACGCUCAACGGUCGUCUCGCUUCGAUGCAAAGGCAAAGCUUCAUUUCAAGAUGGCGCAGGGAACAAAGGAGAGUAUUCCUGCAGUAAUUAUCGGCUUUUCACUGUAACUUUCCGUGACAAUUGAUACUUUUAUAAAAUAUUAUAGUGAGUCUUAACAAAUAAUUUGUUCGACUACAUGUACAUAAAAAUUAUAUUAUACUGUUAUAUAUACCACUGGAAAUUGAAAAGGAAAAAUUAAAUAAAAAUAACUUUAAAGGGAAAUGUAGAAAAUUUUCAAAUGUGACUUCUGUUUUCAUCUUCAAAACAUGCAACGUUUCACUGAGCUAAUUCCAAAUUAAAAGGAUUAUUAAUCAAAAAAAUAGAAUAAUUGCAGUGGUAUAUGGGUUAGCAUUAUACUCUAUUUUUUCUAUUUUCGCUUGA